AUCAGCCACCAUCAUGUCCGAUUUUUCAUCCGCGGGAGUAAUUUCGUUCGCCGAUGAGGAAGUGACGAAUGCCGCUUGGGGGGAUGGGCUGCCUCAAGAGCUUGUUGACGCCAUUGCCGAUGAGCUAGAAGGUCAAGAUGACGCCCUCAGGAAUGCCUCCCUCGUCAAUCAAUCAUUCCAUUCCUCGUGUCAAAAGUUGUUGUUCUCCCGUAUUGAGUUGAAGUUUCGCCGCCCAAGACCUAAUCCUUAUAUCCAGUUCCAUCGGCUAAUCCUGGACUCGCCACGCAUCGCAGCGCUGGUAAAGACCCUCCGUAUUCACGACUUUUACGGGGGAGGUCUCGAAAGUACCUGGUUCCUACAAGACGAUAUUCUGAUCCCCAGAAUCAUCGAGCUCCUGGUUAAUUUAACUUCUAUCACCGUGGUUGCGGCGAGGUUCAUUACCCGCAGGAGCCAGAACCUGUCCAGUGCCAUAAGGGCAUCCCUCUUCUACACACCUUUGCCCCGCCUGACCAGCAUAUCUCUCGUGAAUGUGAUUCUUCCCCACUUUCAAGAGCUCGUGGAUCUUCUUGUUGACCGUCCGGCACUCAAGGAAGUCAAACUAUUGGAUGUCCUUGUCCAUGCACAAACAAUCGCGCAUUCGUUACCAUACCAUGCCGUUAUCGAUAGCUCUCGAUUGCCACAACUGUCUUCUCUUGCCGUACGGAUGUCUCAGUUGAAUGGGACACCAUUUGAAAUGUUGAUGAAUUCUUCGUUCUCUACUCAUGUAUUCGGACACCUGGAGAGGCUGCAGUUUUAUUUAACCUGCACUCCUAGAUCUGUCCAUUCAGGGAGUCUACAGAAACUUCUUGACAUGUCCCGGAAUACGUUGAAGGAACUCGUUCUAUAUACCUUCAUUGAACGAUCUACUGAGAAUUUCGUGGAUAUCAGUUGUGUUCCACGUAUUACCUGCGUGUUCUCGACGUACGAUUUUAUUGGGGGACUCCCAGACCUUUUUCGAGGGCAUUAUAAUCAUGACUUACGUCGAAUGGAGGACGUAACGCUGAGAGUCGUCUCCCUUGACUCGCAAGCAUUGAAUCGUUGCCCCGUCGAGAUAUGGGAGUCGCUCGACGAUCUCAUGGUACGCGUAAAAAAUCGCGUGAAUUUUGUCGUUGUUACAGAACCCGAAUCCGUCGGAAGACGAGGAAACAAGCAUUUGGAUAAGCAGAAAGUCAAGGAAGGGUUAAGGAGGACGAACUUGAUGGGCAUUUUGGAUGUCGAGGUAAUUGGUGGAGAUCUGAGAACCGAGCUUGAGAGGGGCUACAGCACUCUUUAAAAGAGGUUCCUUUCAAGUGAUGAAAGUCACGUUGGUCAUUCAAACAUAGCGUAGAUUAAAAGAAUAUAGUGGUGCGAGAGUAGACAUAGCAUUAAAGAUUUAAAGCACGUAUGUUUAUAAGUUGCAUAGG